AGGCGGUCGGCAGUUUCUCGUCGGAUUGUAAUCGAUGUAACCACAGCUGACGGGUUCAAAGUUAGUCCAACAUUACCAUCGACGAGUGGUGUUUGUUUUUGUCGCGAUGCCGUCAGAAAAUCUACGAUGGACAACUUUAGAGGCCUUAAAAAAUUCACCGAAGGGCAAAAUAAGUUUCGACCCGUACUGGUCGGAACGAGGAGAGCACAUCCUGGCCGGAUGUAAAGACGUCCUCAGCUUGUCUCCUCACUCGGCCGUCAUAUUAGAGCGUCUCGGUUCGCUGCCUCUCCAGCAAUCCUCUUUUCUGAGCUCCAGCUCCGGAGACUCGAGUCCCGGUCCGUCGGAGGAGAGCCCAGCCUCCGUUUCCUCCACAGGAUCCGUCUCCGACAUCAACACCAGGAACGUCUUGCUUUCUGCAGCUCCGUCUCUAAAGAACGAACGAGAUCAGACUUCCAGUGAUGAGACGAAGGAUGAAAACCCAGAGGAGGACGUCAGCGAAGUUUCCAGUCCGGUGUCGCUUCCCUCCAUCUCCUUGCUGUCGCCCAAAGCCAUGGAAACGGCCGGACGGAUCAUCCGGUUCGAGGAGGAACAUCGAGAAAAGGCCAAGCUGGCCCUCAGGCUUCGGCAGGAGGCCCAGGAGAAGCUGGUGGUUUCGGUGGCGAACGCCGAGUCGGAGCAGCUGAAACGUUUUGAGGAGCUGACGGAGCUGAAACAGAGGCAGGAGCUGCAGAGCAUGAAGGACAUGAUGGACCGAGAGACUAAGGAGAGUAUGGGCCGCCAGGAGAAGCUGAAGGAGGAGCAGAGACACAGAACGAAGAUCAUGAACCUCCGUGUGAGGGAAGCGGAGCAGCAGCGUCUCCGGGAGGCCGAGCUGGAGAAGCAGCGUCAGACGGAGGGCAGGGAGCGGCUCCGGGCCCUCAACACCAUCCAGGAGGAGAUCCUGCAGCUCAACCGGCUCCUAGAACCGUCCUCCCAGACCAGGACGGAGCUGCCGUCCAGCAGCAUCAGCUCCUACAGCACCAGAGGCAACCAGCUGUGCUCGCAGGUGUCCGAGGUGGUCCGAAAGACGGCAGAGGGUGAGUUUCCCAGCGUGGAGGACAUGACGGCGGCCGAGCGAGCCCUCCACGAGAUGAGGGCGCUGAUCCGGCUGAUGCAGGAGGAGGCGGCAAAGGCUCAGGAGAAGAAGAAGGAGGAGGAGGAGCGGGAGGAGCAGCGCAGGAAGCAGGCAGAGCUUCAGGCCCAGCAGGAGGCGCAGAAGAAGGCGACGCAGGCGGCCAAAGAGAAGGCUCAGAGGAGAGGCCUACAGAACAGCGCUGAACAGGCGACUCUGAAAUGGUUCAAGGAGCUUCAGGACUCGGCUGCUCGCUGCACUCAGUCCUUUGAACAGCUAAACUCCCCGAAAGACGCCCAGACGAAGAAGCUGAAGCUGGAGCUCCAGAAAGCCGCCACCAUCCCCAUCAGCCAGAUCGCCAGCAACUCGGGAUCGCAGCUCCGAGAAAUCUUCGACAAGAUCGACAAGCUGCUGUCGGGACGUCCGGUGGUCUCUGGAGGGAAGCCGGUGUCGACCUCGAUGCAUCCUCAGGGGCUGGACUUUGUCGGCUACAAACUGGCUGAGAAGUUUGUGAAACAAGGGGAGGAGGAAGUGGCGUCCCACCAUGAAGCAGCGUUUCCCAUCGCUGUCGUAGCUUCUGGAGUCUGGGAGCUCCAUCCUCAGGUGGGAGAUUGGAUCCUGGCUCACCUGCACAAGAAAUGUCCGUACGCCGUCCCUCAUUACCCCCCGAUGAAGGAGGGAACGCCGGUGGAGGAGUACCAGAGGAUUCUGGGUUACCGUGUGGACGACUCCGGAGUGGAAGGUCAGGACAGUUUCCUGAAGAGGAUGUCGGGGAUGAUCCGACUCUACGCCGCCAUCAUCCAGCUGAGGUGGCCCUACGGCUCCAAGCAGGCGGCGGCUCCUCACGGUUUGAACCACGGCUGGCGCUGGCUGGCUCAGAUGUUGAACAUGGAGCCGCUGGCCGACAUCACGGCUACGCUUCUGUUCGACUUCCUGGAGGUUUGUGGAAAUGCGCUGAUGAAACAGUAUCAGAUCCAGUUCUGGAAACUCAUCCUGCUGCUGAAAGACGAGUACUUCCCCAGGAUUGAAGCGGUGACCAGCAGUGGACAGAUGGGCUCUGUCAUCAGACUCAAACAGUUUCUAGAGACGUCCCUGCAGAGCCGACAGAUCAGUCCACCUAAAGGCCAGCUGAGCGCCACCUUCUGGAGGUCGUGAUCCAGGAAAGAUUUUACUGUUAGGACUGAAUAAAGACGAUGAAUGUGGCGGGAGACGAGCUGCUCUGUUCACUGAAGGAGGCGAUUUCCUCAGCGAGGAGGAUCUGAUGCUGGGGAUUCUCUGGAUGGACGGCAGGAUGUUCAUGUGUCUUCAGAGUAAUGCAGGUUGUUGAGGAGCAGUUUUGUUUACGUAAAAUAGACUAGGAAUUUUAAGCCAGUGCUUCCAGUGACUUUAAAUUAAUUUAUGAGUUGUUUAGCGUCCUGCUAACUUCUACAAACAGUAUUUGCUCAGCAUUUUUGUGCUUUUAAAUGGGUAUAUUUAUUUCUUUUAAUGUGGACACGCUAACGUCUGCUUAACAUUUAGUGCCUGAGUCUGAGAAUCAUCUUAUUUUUGUGGGGGUGGAGCUUUUUUGUUUGUGUUCAAAGAUUUGGAGUUUUUGCUGUUUUAGUCAUUAAUCCACUGUGUGGAGGAGAUAAAGUCUUGUUUAGUUGCUGUCGGUGAAUUCAGCCCAAGAUUAGAAGCACAAAGUGUUGAAGUACAGAAUUUUUCACAACUGCUGAUUUAAUCCUGAAGUUAAAGCAGAGUUUUUGGAGCCGAUUCUGUGUUUUAAUGUGAUUAGUUUCAAAGAACUGCAAAUGUCUGAAAUAAACCGCAUCAGCUGUU